CUUAUUGUUGUGGGUGAAGAGCAGAAAAUAAUCUGAAACAUAAUACGAAGGUUGAAAUCUCAUCUACAUUGUUCCACGAGAUGUGCUUAUGUUUUUACAUAUAGUAGCAGCAGUAGUAGUAUCACAAUAUAUGCCGGCCGUUCUCAAACAAAACAGGAUACCGAUGUAGUAAAAGUUCCCUUUACAUGUCACAGUCAGGAACACUUUCUAUAGACGGAACCAAAGAGACAUUGCUCUGUGUCUGCACCUACGUAUUUCAGUGUAGUACGUGCAACAAUGAAAAGUAUCCUCCCAGGAACACGGAAGUUAUAUUUGAUCUGACAGAGGCCAGAGCCAGGAUGGCGGACACAGUGUCAAAGAGUUUAGUUCGUGUGGUUAAUGAGUUGAUAAAGAAACGAAGAUAUCAAGCGGCACUGGCUGUGAUCAAGGGCUUUCGCAAUGGGGCUGUAUAUGGAGCAAAAAUCCGAGCACCUCAUGCACUGGUGAUGACGUUUCUGUUUAAAAGUGGAAGUUUAAAAGAGAAGUUGAAAGCCAUCCUGCUGGCAACAUACACACAUUCCCGCAAUCUGGCCUUCUUUGUGUUCACCUAUAAAGGGCUCCUGGCUGCUCAAGAAAAGUUGCACGGCAGCAAGUGGCAAAUUCACUCCUUCCUGGCUGCCUGCGUGGGAGGCUGGCUGGUGUUUGGAGAAAAUAACCACAUAAACAGCCAGAUCAACAUGUACUUGCUGUCGCGUGUACUCUUUGGUCUCUCACGGCUGGCGGUGGAAAAAGGUUAUAUUCCGGAGCCCAGAUAUGAUGUGUUUCCUAUUUUCUCUGCACUGGUUUGGGGCUUUGUGCUCUGGCUGUUUGAGUAUCACAGACAGACACUGCAGCCAUCUCUGCAGUCAUCCAUGACAUAUCUCUAUGAUGACAGUAACAUAUGGCAUGAUAUCUCUGACUUCCUUAUCUACAACAAGCCCAAACCUGCAAAGUAAUUUUCUAGUUGCAUCUCUCUUGUGUUUAACAAGAGGCAUCCUACAGGGUAUUGCAGAGAUCCUGUCCUUUCUUCCUGAGAGAGCUGAAUUUAUCCAUACAAAGCCUGUUGCAUGGAAGGAUGAAGGGAGAGAGGGUGAAGAUGCUGCUGCCUUCAAAAGCCACAAUUAUUUGUAUUAUAAUUUGCCAUAAUUUAUGACUAAUUACUGUUAAUAUUGGGAGAAGUUAAAGGGACGAGGAACACAAAUUCUUUCAUGCAUUUUAAAAGAUGUUUUAAAUAUAUAUAUUUUUUUUAAUUUUGUAUUUAAAAUGAAGGUAUAGAAAAUGUGAACAUGAAAAUAAACUGAAGAAUUGCAGGUGGGUCUUAUGUUCUAACCCAAACACACAUUAUUGUAAAGUGAGUGUCUAGGAAGUGCUAUAAGAUAAACUUUAAAUGGAUACAAAACAGUGCUCCUUUAAACAAAAAUACUAAAUCAAAGUCAAACUAAAAAAAAAAACAGAGAGAGAGGGCCUGGUGGGUAAAAACCACAAACAACAAAAAUCCUAGCAAGAACUUCAAAGGGAAAAUGACUCCUUUGCCUUUCUGUAAAGAUUGUAGCCCCUUGUGGGCCCUGUACAAAUUUAGUUAAAAACAAAGAAAUAAAAGGUAAAACACUUUUAAAAUUAUGAAUACAAAUUGCAAUGGUUUCUAUUAAGUAUAAGCCACUGUUUUGGGACUUUAUUACAACAAUGAAAGGCUGUUUUAUAUCCUUUUAAAGGGACAUUCAAUUGCUGGACAUAACUUUAAUUUUUUUUAAUAUUCCCUAGCUAUUCUCCUAUGCCUGUAGUUCUCUUUAGAGCAAUUCACUUAAUUUAUCUCUACAGGUUGGUGAAGCGCUUCAUCUUCAUACUAUGGGCUUGAUUUAUCAAGCUGGGGCAGAAAGGGGCGUUUACAUUCACCCCUGUCCACCCCAGCUCGAAACGUUUUUUGCACCCUGUGCAGAUGUGAAUGUUCUUGUACUUCAGUUGAGGGGUUUAUAUGUUUGCAGCUUUUAUGGACCUUUUUAAAAGUUGCAGAACGUACAUAAGAGAGACUUUUGUGAAUAAUAGAGUAAUUCAGGAAUGUAAAGCUCUCCUGCUCUGUAUUAUGCAUGCUACCUAUGCACAGUAAUGUCACUGUGAAUGUGCACCGCUUAUGUCACAGAGGGCAAGAAUACCUGAGAGUAUGAUCGCACCCAGUAGGAAGAUGUGGAGCUUCACCAACCAGCACCAGUAAUGGGUUUAAAUAAGAGAUCGAAUUUAAGAGCUGCAGGCACAAGAGGUAAAACAGAAGCAUGGUGAAUAGGAACCAUGCUUUUGUAAUAAUACUGCUGUUUAUGUUUCUAUAACAAGGCUAGGGUUGUUCAAGAGCUGGAGACAAACCAGUUUUAAAGUAUAUUCCUGUGUGUUUAUAGUCCUUUAUUGGUUCAGGCAGGUUUAUUCUGUAACAAAUCUUGCCAGUCCAUGGCCUUUUGAGCACCUGUAUUGGAGCACACUAGCCUAGUUAUAAAUACAUAAAGAGCAGUAUUCUAGCAAUUAAAGCAACAACUACAACAGCAUGGUUACUAUUCACAGUGGGGAAUAGACUAGUCGCUUCUGUCAUGUUCCCCCUGUUUUACAUCAUUUGUAUUUUCUCCUUUUUGUGUUUUUUUUUUCAUUCUAUAAUAUUAAAAACUUUAUUUUAAAUGCAUGCAAGAACAAAUGCUAAUUAAAGUCUCUUUAAAUGAACAACA